AUGCUCCUCCGCGCCAGUGCAUCCCAUUCGCGGCAAAUCUUCCGUAACGCACCGCGCAAAGCAGACCUAGGCUUCCAGCCAAACACAGCCUUCGCAGACGCGUAUCCAAUCCACCUACUCAGCAUCUCCAGUCACCGGGAUAUCGCAGCACGUUGCGCCUACGCAAUUCCAAGACUGAGCAUUCGUCACUUCCGCACCAACGUUCUCGUCCAAGGCCCGUCUGCUUUUGAGGAAGAUUACUGGAAACGGCUUGCAAUUGGGGGCACGGAGAUUCACGCUUCUUGCCGGACUGUUCGGUGCCGAUUGCCCAAUGUUGAUCCUCCUUCUGGGGAUAGACAUUUGGCUGAGCCAGAUCGAACGCUGAAAUCCUAUCGGCGGAUUGAUGAUGGGGAUCGGACUAAUGCAUGUUUGGGAAUGCAGCUUGUUCCCACGAAGGAGGAGUUUGUGCUUAGAGUUGGGGAUUCUAUUGAGGUUCUUGAGACCGGGUUGCAUCAGUAUCUUAAGAUGCUAGCUCCUGGGGAGCAGGUUGAGGGGGUGUAG